CGGAAGUCACCCUCUAGUGGGCAUCGCCACAGACACCACCACAACUCCCGGCAUCCGCGCUCGCGAUCUCCUCGACGCGAUGACGACAAGCACAAGCGGCGCCGCUCGCGUUCGCCUCUCCCGCACCCGGUGACGCUGCCGUAUCAUGCGAAAGAGUUGUCGAAGCGGCACUUCGAAGAAUACAAGCCCUUAUUCCAAUCCUAUCUGGACAUACAGAAACAGAUUAUCCUCGAUGAGCUAGACGAACGUGAAGCGAAAGGCCGCUGGAAGAGCUUCAUAGGACGAUGGAACCGCGGGGAGCUUUCGCGCAGCUGGUACGACCCGUCAAUGCUCAAGCAGGCCCGGGAAACCGCGCAUUCUCUACAAACAACGGAGAGCAAGCGCCGCGCGUCACCCGUCUACUCUCCCAAAACUCUGGAGCCUCAGAGCGAUGACGACGACUUCGGCCCCGCGCCACCUCCUGGCGGCGUCUCGAGACGUACAGGCCACGGCCCGACAGUGCCCAGAUUCGACGAUCUAGCUCUGAGAAACGAGAUGCAAGUUGAAGACCGUGCGCGCGCCCAGGCAAACUACGUCGACGGAAUCCGAUACGAACGCAAGCUGGACCGCAAUGUGCAGAAGGAGCGACUGGACGAGCUGGUGCCUCGUGCAGACCCUGGUUCGAGGGAACGGCAGCUGGAGAAGAAACGAGAGACCACUAGUACACUAAUGGAUUUCCGCGACGCCAAGGAAAGCGGCGACGUCGAAGUCGCAGAGGCUGAUCUGAUGGGCGACGAUGGUGUGGAGGUGUACAAGAAGAAAAAGAGGGACGCAGAGCGACAGAAGAGUGAACGUGAGAUUCGAAAAGAGGAAAUCAUGCGCGCGCGGGAUGCUGAGCGGGAGGAACGACUUGCGGAUCGGAGGGCAAAAGAAGCGCAAACCAUGGACUUUCUGAAGCAAAUUGCAAAAGAGAGAUUUGGCUGA